AUGUCUGACGAGCCGACCAACAGCGGUCAAUCCGCGCCUGCCGCGACUGAUGAGGUGGAGAAGAAGGUUGAGGAAACCUCACCUGCUGCUGAAGCUUCUAAGGCACCCGCGACUGCUGCCGACGACGCGAAACCCUCUGAGUCUGAAGCAGCUGCCAAGGAGAACACCGAGGAGGCGCAGAAGGAGGACACCAAGAACGAGAAUUCCGAGACCAAAGACGCGGAAUCAUCCGGCAAGACAGACGAAACAUCCAAGGACGAGGACGCGGACGUCGAGAUGAAGGACGCGGCAGAUGGAACGGAGGGGAAGGAAGCCUCUGAACCCGCUGCCGAUGACGCUGAGCAAGCGCCUACUGCUGACGCUGACGCGAUAGCUGAUAAGUCUAAGUCGCGUCGGAGAUCGUCCGGUAUCCCGGAGCAUAAGGGCAAGAAGCUUAGCAAGAAGGCAUCGAAGGCGAAGUUCUUCAACACCAAUGCGCAACCCGGCGACCACUUCCUCGUCAAGCUUAAGGGAUACCCUCAAUGGCCGGUCAUUGUCUGCGAUGAGGAAAUGCUCCCUGAGACCCUACUCAAGAGCCGUCCCGUCACGGCAAAGCGAGCCGACGGCACGUAUCGCGAAGACUUUGCCGACGGUGGCAAGCGUCAAAAUGAUCGCACAUUCCCCGUCAUGUAUCUCCGGACGAACGAGUUCGGCUGGGUACCAAACUCUGCUCUCCAGGAGCUGAACUCCGAAAAGGCGACCGAGCUUCUCACCGACAAAGUCAAGAAGGUCGAGCUGCGUGAUGCUUUCGAGCUUGCCAUAGAGCAACACCCACUUGAUUACUACAAGGACGAGCUUCAAAAAUACCAAGAUGAACUGGCUCAGAAGCAGGCCGCCAAGGAUGCCAGAGAGGCCGCAAAGAAGAAUAAGAAGAAGACUCCUGCAGUCAUCGAGGACGAUGAUGUCGACAUGGCUGACGCUGCGGAUGAGGAGGAUGAGGUCUCCGAACCCAAGGAGAAGGCCAAGUCUAAGAAGAGAAAGGCUGACGAAGAAGCCAUCAGCACUCCGGCACGGACUGAUUCUGCCAAGAAGCCCAAGAUCAAGCUCAACACAUCUUCCACUCCUAAGACGACGAAUGGAACAGCUACGCCGAAGUCGGCUAAAGAGUCAGCAGCUAAGCCUGCGAAGUCCAAAUCGUCAAAGAAGGAGGGUGCUGAGAAGAAGGCGGAGAAGGAGGUUCCCAAGGAGCCCGAACUUACUGCCGAAGAGAAGCACCAACGCAAGGAGGCAAAGGUCCUCUUCUUGCGCCACAAACUCCAGAAGGGCUUACUCACGAGAGACCAAGAGCCCAAGGAGGAAGAGAUGAAGAUGAUGUCAGACUACAUUACGAAGCUCGAGAGCUUCCCAGAUCUUGAGGUCUCGAUUAUCCGGGCGACCAAGAUCAACAAGGUGCUCAAGGCCAUCCUGAAGCUUGAUUCCAUUCCCAAAGAAGAGGAGUUCAACUUCAAGAGUCGUUCGCAGACGCUGCUGGACAAGUGGACUAAGAUUCUCAGCGGUGGUGAUGCCGCAGCCGCGCCCGCUGCGUCCGCGACUCCGGCACCCACCAACGGUGUCAAUGGCACUUCUGGAAAGACGGAAGAGAAGAAGAAGGAGACUCCUGCUGCUCCCAACGGUGCUAAAGAGGAGAACAAGGAAGCUGAAAAGUCCGAGGAGUCUGAGAAGCAGGCCGAAAAGGAGGAAAGCAUCAAGAAGUCCGAGGAACCUGAGAAGGCAGAAGAAGAGCCCGAAAAGGCCGACAAGCCUGUUGAAGACCCCACUGAAGAGGCCGCCUUCAUCUUUCGGCCUCCAGGUGAGGAAGCUGGAGUGGACCGACCCGCCAAACGACGCCGGUUGUCCAAUACGGCUGUUGCCGAAGAGGCGAAUGUGGCACACUCGCCCUCGUUUGUGUCUUUGCUGAAUGGUGGAGAGCUGGCCGAGUGCGUGACGCUCCGUGAGAAGCAAUUCCAGAUGAGCUGGGACCAUCUUGAAUCCAAAGCUCAGAAAAUACUGCGUGAUGCCAACUCGGCCACGUUAGACCAAGUGACUGCUUUCAUUCGUGAUCAGUCUGAUUUGGAGAGCAAAAUCCCGACUGCCUUUAUCAUUACCGGCCCGAACAUCUCAUCUCAGGACCUGCUGUUUGAGCAGUUAUCUGAAACGCUUGAAGAGAACACGCGGAGCAAGUUCGUUCGGCUCAAGUCGUCGGAAGCGACCAAUUUGAAGGCUGCUCUCAAGAAGAUCAUAGAGGAUGCCACAUCUCGGGGGUCUUUAGAUGACGACGAUGUCGAAGUUGCAUCCGGCCAAGAUGGUCGAAAGUAUCUGAACUAUGACCUCGAGGGUCUUUACGCAUUUUCAACGGCGCAGAAAUGCGAUCAUAUCUUUGUCUCGUUCCAGGACAGCGAAGGUUUCGACAGCGCUCUUUUAUCUGACCUGAUCAUCCUCUUCAAUUCUUGGCGGCCCAAGAUUCCGUUCACCCUUCUAUUCGGCAUUGCAACAUCGGUAGAACUGCUGCAGGCGCGAUUACUCAAGUCCGCGUGCCAAUAUCUCCACGGUGCCCAAUUUGACGUCGUCCAGACUGGAGCAAUUUUGGAGCAGAUCUUCAAGCCGGCCAUUGCGAGAUCGGAUACUGCUCUAGUUUUGGGACAGAAUCUGUUGCAAAGUCUGGUGGGGAGGCAACAGGACCAGGUCUCUAGCAUUCAAUCUUUUAUUGCAUCAAUCAAGUAUGCAUACAUGUGUCACUUUUAUGCAAAUCCGUUGAGCGUUUUUGCUGUGGAGGACGACGAGAUAAAUAGCGAGCUUGUCCAGGACGAGCACCUCGAGUCGAUCCGAUCGCUCCCUUCGUUUCGGCGCGAGGUUGAGAGGGCCGUUGAAGCGAAAGAUCUGAGCUUAGCGAGGUCUUUGUUAGAGGACGAUAAUCUGCUGCGCGAAAAGAUUUUCGACAUUCCAGAGAAAAAACGGGACUGGGUCACCCGUCUCCUCCGCUCGCUUAAGCUCGUCCAGGCAACGGGUGUUGCUCAAGAUGACUUUUCCUCGAUGUACAUGAAAGCGGUAGCCGAGGGCAUCUCCCCUUCGUCCGAGGGCUGGGCCAUUGUCGAAAGCAUCAAGCGGAUGCAACCGGAUGACUUUGUCUCGAUGCUACAACGUGUUCAAGACGCCGUGGUCAGCGGCGAUGUCCAGCUGUGUCUCACCGGAUGGGAGUCCGAGGCCGGGGACCUCCCUUCUCUUGUAGAAAGCCUUUUCCGCGACUCAAAGGAUCUGGUCGGUAGGGCAAAAGAGGACGGUAGCACUUUGCGGAGCGCCUACAGUGGUCACAGCCGAGUCCUGCGCACAACCGUUGUUGCGCAAAAGGUCCAGCUCAGCCACGAUUCGGCAGCCCUUUCCGAAGACGAUAAGGCCUUUACCAUAAUCGUGGACCGUGUCGCGGAACUAUUUCAAGACGUCAUACAUUGCGAACCGGCCGCAGAAAUUUUUCUGCACGAGACAUGGCUCUACGAUUCCAAGACACCGUACCGCGACGUUUUCGUCCCCCGACCCCAGGAUGUCUUUGAACGGAGCCUGAAGCGACCGCAAGACUACCUCGCGUGUUCGUGCUGCAGCACCGAUGAGGGCAUCUCGACAACGAUGCCCGUCACAUCGUUGCUGUAUCAUUUGUAUUUGGAAACGGGUAACCUCAUCAACGUCGCAGAUUUGUGGUCCGCCUUCUACGCCAUGGUUGCCGGUGAUGCAGAGAACGAAGGGGACGCCGAUGAGCGGGGGGCGCUGGUGUCCUUUUACCGGGGCCUGGCGGAGCUAAAGGCCCUCGGCUUUGUCAAGAUGAGCAGGAAGAAGACGGAUCACAUUGCCAAGCUCAAGUGGCUGUAG